AUGCCUAUUCACGAGAAGUUGGCUGACGGCCUCGACGAGGUCGAUGUUGUGAUUGCAGGAGGUGGCACCGCUGCCUGUAUGGUCGCUGGACGACUUGCUGCUGCCGACCCAAACCUGUCCAUUCUCCUCAUUGAAGGUGGUGCCGACAACCACAAUGUCGAGAACAUUGUCAACCCAGUACUGUACCUUGAGCACUUGCUCCCAGACUCCAAGACCGCCAUCUUCUACAAGGGCAACAAGUCCGAGGCAUUGGCUGGCAGAGAGCCUAUCGUUCCCUCUGGAGGCACUCUUGGUGGAGGAUCUUCGAUCAACUUCAUGAUGUACACCCGAGCACAGAAGGAUGACUUCGACAACUGGAAGACCGAAGGCUGGAGCGCCGACGAGAUCCUACCAUACCUCAAGAGUUUGGAGACAUACCACGGUCCAGGCAAGGACGACGCACAUGGCAAAGACGGACCAAUCCACAUUUCUGACGGCGGCUUCCGGGGAACCGACGGCAUGGAGGACUUCAUCGCGGCAGCAGGCAAAGUUGGAUACCAAGAUACUCAGGAUCUUCAACGCUUAGACGAGUGCAACAAGUUUGAGCGCUGGUUGCGAUACGUCUCUCCUGACGGCAAGCGUCAAGACACUGCGCACACGUAUCUUCACCCACGUCUUCAGGACGGAAAGCACCCAAACUUGCACGUUCUGGUCAAGUCCAAGGUUACUCGUGUGUUGUUUGAUGACCAGAAGCGGGCGGUUGGCGUCGAAUACACUCCAAACCCAGACUACCAAGCAGAGAUCGCCCUUUCGGCCCACCCUAAAUUGACCGUCAAGGCACGGAAGCUGGUGGUCGUCGCUUGUGGUGCAUGCGGAAGUCCUGGAGUCCUCGAGAGAUCUGGCCUGGGAAGCGGCGAGGUCCUCAAGAAGGCCGGCGUGGAGCAGGUCGCUGAGAUCCCUGGUGUUGGACACGACUACCAGGACCACCACCUGAUCCUCUACCCAUACCACACCUCACUCAAGCCAGAGGACACAAUUGAUGAAUACCUUAGCGGUCGUGUCGACCGUGGCGAAUUCAUCGCUUCCAAGGCCGGCAAGAAAUUGGGCUGGAACGCCAUCGACAUUUGCUCCAAAAUUCGCCCAACUGACGAGCACAUUGCUGCUCUAGGACCAGAGUUUCAGGCAGCUUGGGACAAGGAUUUCAAGGAUCAUCCCAACAAGCCUAUGAUGCUUACUGGUGUCGUGAGCACAUAUUUGGGCGAUCAAUCGACCAUUCCUCCCGGUCAGUACGUUUCCGUCGCAAACUACACCGCCUACCCAUACUCUCGCGGACACAUGCACAUCACUGGACCCAACCUCUCCGACGACCUGGACUUUGACCUCGGAUUCUUCACCGACGCCAAUGACAUUGACGUCAAGAAGCACAUUUGGGCCUACAAGAACCAGCGUGAAAUCAUGCGUCGCACAGCAAUGUACCGUGGUGAGCUUGCACUGGGUCACCCUAAAUUCCCCGAGGGCUCGGACGCGGCUGUUGGUCCACGAGACUCGCCACUAGGUGCUGAUGUUGCGARCAUCAAGUACACCGCUGAGGAUGACAAGGCUAUUGAGCAAUUCGUGCGUGAGAACAUCAACACCACAUGGCACUCGCUUGGAACCAACAAGAUGGCUCCUCYCGAGCAAAAUGGUGUCGUGGACAAGAACUUGAAUGUUCAUGGUGUCAAGGGAUUGAAGGUCGUCGAUCUUUCAAUUGCUCCAGAGAACGUCGGUGCCAAUACUAACAACACUGCACUGGUGAUUGGAGAGAAGGGAGCGGACAUUAUUGCCAAGGAGCUUGGACUUGUGAAAUAG